AUGGAUAUAUACAAAUAUUUAAGCUUACUUUUCUUCACUCUUUGUCCACAAGUUUUUUCCCAAGUUGGACCUCGGGCCCAUGCCGAAGAGAGGCUGCUCCAGGAUCUGUUCCUGAAUUAUAAUAAGCUCUCCCGGCCUGUGGAAAACACGACAGACACAGUGCUCGUUCACUUUGGACUGUCUAUCGCCCAGCUUAUUGAUGUGGAUGAGAAGAACCAGAUGAUGACCACAAACGUCUGGGUCAAGCAAGAAUGGAAUGACUACAAACUCCGCUGGAACCCAGAGGAAUAUGAAAAUGUCACCUCCAUCCGUAUUCCCUCAGAGAUCAUCUGGAGGCCCGACAUUGUCCUUUACAACAAUGCUGAUGGCGACUUCGCAGUAACUCAUCUCACGAAGGCACAUCUGUUCUAUGACGGUCGGAUAAAGUGGAUGCCACCGGCCAUUUACAAAUCUUCAUGCAGCAUCGAUGUCACCUUUUUCCCUUUUGACCAACAAAGCUGCAAGAUGAAGUUUGGCUCGUGGACCUACGACCGCGCCAAGAUCGAUCUGAUCAGCAUGGCCAGCGAUGUGGACCAGAUGGACUACUGGGAGAGUGGCGAGUGGGUCAUUGUCAAUGCAGUGGGCAAGUACAAUACCAAGAAGUAUGAGUGCUGCACAGAGAUCUACGCAGACAUCACUUACUACUUCAUCAUCCGGAGGCUUCCAUUGUUCUACACCAUCAACCUUAUCAUCCCCUGUCUUCUCAUCUCCUGUUUGACUGUGCUGGUGUUUUAUUUGCCAUCUCAAUGCGGAGAGAAGAUCACCUUGUGUAUCUCGGUGUUGCUGUCCCUGACAGUAUUCCUCCUGUUGAUCACAGAGAUUAUACCGUCCACAUCGCUGGUGAUUCCACUGAUUGGUGAAUACCUGCUCUUCACUAUGGUCUUUGUCACACUCUCCAUCAUAAUUACUGUCUUCGUGUUAAACGUACAUCACAGAUCACCCCAAACCCACGGCAUGCCUCACUGGGUGCGGAGAGUAUUCUUGGACAUGGUGCCCCGAGUCCUCUUCAUGAAACGUCCGCCGGGCACAGCCAAGCAGCACUGCAAGAAGCUUAUCGAGAUGAUGCACCGUCCCACCACCAUAUCUGCAACAGGCAACUCGCAGACCUUUUGGACAGGGUUAGAGAUGGGGUUUAGACAGAUGGGCCAGGUCGAGAAUACACUUCCAAAGACUCCAUCCGACAGUCCAAGCAUCCUAGUCUGCUCACCCUCUCCGCCCUCUUCUCCUCUUAAGGACUGCAGUGAGGAAGAUCACUCUUUGAAGGCCAACAUUUUCUGCCGGUCCUCAUCUGGUCAAUAUUCAGUCCUCUCAGAGAAACAACCGCUACGUGGACACAAUUCCGCUGCCUCCUCUUCUUCCCAAUUAUCCUUACCCCUAACUUUGCCACUGGGACCAAUUCGUAGUCUGUCCAGGGAAGAACCCAAGACUCUGGCCCCAAAUGGCCGCUCCCUGAGUGCAGAGCAAAUGUUUGACCAGCAGAAGGAGCUUCCUCAGAGAGCUGGGCAUCUGUGUCGUUCCCGCAGCUUCCAGUACUGCUGUCUGCAUGACGAAGGGCCUGGGGUCAUUGGGAUCACAGGGCUGGUAAAGAAACAAGCCCCCGCAGACCACCAAGCAGAGACCCUUGCAGCCGAGUCCACCAAAGACGCAAGUACCCAACAGGACACUAUUGUUCCAACUAUUUCUCCAGCCAUGCGACGAGCCAUAGAGGGGGUUCAGUACAUCGCUGAUCAUCUUAGGGCAGAGGAUGCAGAUUUUUCAGUAAAGGAGGACUGGAAGUAUGUGGCCAUGGUCAUUGACAGGAUAUUCCUCUGGAUGUUUGUACUGGUGUGUAUACUGGGAUCUGUGGGACUCUUUUUGCCUCCUUGGCUGGCUGGAAUGAUCUAG